AUGAAUAGUCAAGUACUUUUCGUUAUAGCAGUUCUCUUCGCCACUGCCUCCAUCACACAUGGUGAUCACACAAAAGGAAUCAGGAGUCGAGGACAAUUCGGUAAGUCGUCUCUAAUUAUGUUAUUGAUGCUGGGUUAAAUUUAGAGAAGUUUGAGAAUGUUCUAAAACGACACUUACUGCAAUGGUGGCCACUUUGGUGGCAAGAAGAAGAAACAAUCGUCAGUCAACUUAGUUAAUUCAUCUCGGAUAUCUUCACCCCACCUAUCACAUGAUGUAUCCUCUCGAAUCCUCGAUCACAAGCGACAAGUUUUAAGACAACACAUUCCUUCAAUAAUGUUCACUAUUAAAAUUAUUCAUUGAAAUUGUUCAUUAAAAUGACAGACCCAAUAAUACAGAACAAUUCUGAACGAUUGGACGAUAAAGACGUCGUGUAUUCCGUUUCGCAAAGAUUCAUUGGUAACAUAGUGAUCGUGCUUUUCAUAAAUAAGGUGGUAAAGUGGGGUCUAGAUCAUAUUUCACGGAAAGUAAAACGGUCCUUUCACUAUUCACGAAAAAUGAAAUAGGCAUCAGUCUCAUUUGGCAAGACCAAGCAAGUUUGUUUUCCUUCUUGGCGAUCUGGGACACCACUUGAUGCGCUUCGGCCAUUACGGUUAAAAAUAGACAUCGGCGUUGCUAAAACGAGGGUGAGGGUAAGGGUGGGGGUGUGGGUAAGUAAUGGUGGGGGUGGGGGUGAGGGUGAGUUUAAGGACAGGGUGAACAGUGAAAACGGUAUGAAAACAUGUCAUGUCAUGUCAUGACCUCUCAGUGUGAAACAUGCGGCUAAAAUCACAUUUGCUCAGUGUAAAUGUAGAACCUUCCAGAGUAUAAUCUACCCAGCAGAUAAAAACAACUUUAUUGGAAUAAGCAGCAUUUUGGCAUGAGGCAAAAGUCGUGUAGACCUACCACCCCCUUUUAUUGCUAUGAUAUUGUUCGCAAUAUCAAUUCAUAUCCCAAAGAUAUCCCGACAAUCUUUCCGAUAUGUUACAUUUGGAGACGAGCAAACUGUACAUCUGACACUUUUCCUUAAAAAAGGCAAAUGUCUUUUUUAUUCUGAAUGUGGAUGACUUUGCAAAUGUAAACGAAACGAGAAUCAAAGUAUUGAGUUUUUAUCAGAGCGGACACUUUGAAGCUCGAUGUCCAGUGGAUAAAAAACAUAUCAGUGGUAAAAAACAUUGCUUUGAUGCAGUGAAAAGCUCUUGAGAAAGCGAUUUUAAUUAAUAAAUAAUAAAAUUAAUUCUACGCGCCAUUGGCUGUCUAAACUUGAUAGGUGAUUGUCCUUUUCCUUUUUUUGCUCGCAAGCUAACGAUUUCAAUGAACAUUCGAUUAUUUUACAGAUAGUUCUUGCUCCCUGAAAUACAUCAAGCAUGGUUGCUAUAAGGAUAAAAGUAAACCUUCACUGAGGACUUUGAAAGAACUGCUAUUUCAAGAUCGAUACAAAGGAAAAACAUUCAGUGGACAAAAGAUAUCCUGGAAAAACUGGGCUACAUAUCUCCCGGAGUAAGUUAACACACUCUGCGAGAUCAGAGGCUUCCUGAUAUGAUAAGAAGUAGGGGAGUGUACGUCCUGCCGCCUAAUAUCUUCCCCUGAUGACGAGUUACUAAUACUCUGUGAGAUGAGAGAGAUUUUAGUAUUAACUUUCUGUGCACUCUCCUUAGCGAUCGCAUUUCGCUCAAAUGCGCAUAAAUUGAAAACAAAAAAACUAGUUGGUAUUAAUUCUUCAUUGUUUUGGGUUAAAAAUUAAAACUUUGUUUAAAAAAAAAAAAGAAAGAAAAACGCGUUUACUUUUACUCUGACCCCAUCUUUCUCUUAAAAUGACAGUCCAGUAAUAAUUUUUAAUGAAGAGCAGUGAUAAGUCCUUUUUCGCCGUCAGCUCAAGUAUGAAGUAUGGAUGCCUUCGUUUAAUUUGCUUUUGUUACUCCCUUUCUUAUUUUUUAUAUCAUUUAUUAUAUAUUCCUCCAGGCUUGUUUGUCGGUGUGCAAUAGCCGCAUCCAAUAAAGGCUAUGUGUACUUUGGAAUUCAGUUCUAUGGUGAAUGUUGGAGUAGUGCAGAUGCUGAUUCUCGUUUUUAUUUGUACGGAGCUACCGAUAACUGCGUCAACACAGACUAUAAUCCCUGUGAUGAUCAGGCAAGCAACGAGGCGUGUGCAGGGGCCAACCAUUCCAACUAUGUAUAUGAGAUUGUUAAGGGUAUGUUCUAUAUAGUGGCUCAAGCCAGUAUUUCUGUAGGCACACCCUCCUUUUUUCAACCUCUUAUAUCUUAAAAGUUAAAUUGAUCCUUAUCGUAAAUCCACUAUAACACGUGGAUUUUACAGAGGUUGAACUAUAUUAUGAUUUUGUCAUUUUUGCGAUCGGAAUGGAAUAUCACAUGGCAAUGACGUCAGAAUUGUUUUAGCUCAUCAUCGAUUUUCUGUCCUUAUUCGUGUUUUCUCUGGAAAUGCUCCACGCUUCGCAUACUUUGGGUUCAUGCCUUAGAGUGCUGUGCAAAGUUUCACAAAAAACAUUCUGGAGUAAUUUCGAGAUAGCUCGUAAUUUCAACAUCUAGGCUGUGAUUUAUGGUUUAACUGAAGUCUUGACAUUAUGCUAAUCAAAUUUGCUACUUCUUGGAUGUUUCCGAAAAUUCAUACGUACGACUGGAAGGUAGGUGGUUUUAACGGCUUGGAAACUAAAAUUUGAUAGCAUUUUGUUUUGAAUGACGGUAUGGGCAUGAUUUUCAGUUGAACAUGCCUAGCGAGCGUAAAAAUUGCAUUCAGUCUGAGGAUUAAUGAGAGAGGGAAAAUUUUAUAUAUUUAGGCAUGACAAAAUUCAAGGGAACAUUGGUACUUAGAAAUUACAUGUCAUAGGCAUGGAAAAAAUGGGUUCAUGCCCUCGCAGCCCAAAAUUGACUUAGCUAAACUUAGGUCCCAGAUCUCUCGCCGGGUUGAUAAUUCAUUCCCAGUUUUUGCUCGUCUGGUUUGGCAUGCCGGGCAUGCAGAUCGUGCAGCCAGUUGGGUUUGCCAUGCUCGGCAUGCCGGGUAUGAAAUUGGCAUGCCCAGCGUGACUGAUUUUGAUGUUCGCUCCAGCAUCAUAUCCUGAGAAUCACAUAAUCGCCAAAUAUAUCUUAGGGAGCUUGAAGCUACAGGUUUCAUGCCUGGCAAUAAAUGCAGAUUAUAACAAAAAAAGUUAUGUUUGUCACAAUGUAUGUCACGGGAUCGACUGGCAAAACUGAAGACAGAAGCCUGGAUUUAUAAAUAAAAAGCACAACAAAACAACAUUAUUCAUGCAUAAAAUAGAAUACUUCACUUGCAAUUACAGAUCAAUUAAUCCUUUUAUUUCAAAGCGAUACUGAUAUUUCUGGGUCCAGAUUUAAAUUUGAUCGCGGAAAAGCGUUUUAAACAAUAAGAUAACAAAUCUUCUCCGUCAGUAUAUGUUUCUCGGUCAACAGCAUUAAAAGACUGGUGAAAAUUAAGCUUACCAGGACGUUCAAGUCAGUACGAGAGUACGACGUUAAUACUGCAAAGACGUUCUGAUUUGGUGAGUUUGGACUGCCUUCUCAGAGAGAUUUUGCUUAGGUUUUCAGUGCGCUUCUUGUCGGCUAUGCGAAUUUUGCAAACUGUUUUACUCCUUGCUGACGAUAGUCCUUUCAGCAACGUCAUCUGCUCCAUCCGAAGAUACCCCGAGCUCGCACGAAAUCGGCCGAAUUUCCGCAGAAGUGUUUUCGGAUGACGAUGAAUUUAGUUUGUUGUAGCGUGGCAGUUGUGGCGUCACGAUGUCGUCAUGUCUCUUCGCACUUGUUUGUCUUUUUUUUUUCCUGCGGUGCAUGGUUGAGAUGUUGGUGAAUGCUGGACAAGAAAUGGAUUCUGCGAGAGACUGUAAGUACAAAUUUAGUAUUAAUUUGGUAAAGAAAAAGCCUGAAUAUCGAAAAAAUCCCGUGAAUUAUCCUUUUGGCAUUCAGUUUAUCUUGCUGUUCAGCAUGCCUAAGAACUCUCAGGCAUAAGUGGUUUUCAACUCGUUCACUUCGGAUUGUUUCUGUUUCUACGUCUUGUAAUCUUCUUCUGCUGUUAAGAAGACUAGAGGAAACUUCAAAAAUAUAGAAACCAAUCACUUUUGGAGACAAAAUAAAAUAUCCGUAAAUCAAAUGCCAAAAUCAGAUUUGGAUUUCGCUUUAAAAAAAUGAACAUGCUGCAGGUGUCAAUGCAAAGUUGUAAACAACUCAAUAAGCAGUCUGUGAAUGUGCGUUUAGGUCCACAAAACUAAUUUUUCUUUUGGAUGUCUUAUCCAAGCAACCACUUAUGCCUUACAUUGCUUGUCUACGAGUGUACUACAAAAUGCUUUACUACAGUAAGCCUUUGAGAGGCGAUUCUGGUAAAUUUAUAGGACGCUAAAAUGCAAAAAAUUCUAAGCUUAAAUAACCUGGCUGGGUCCGAUUUCUGAAUUACAAAAUGUUCACGUUUGCCGGCUCUUCUUUAAAUAAACAUAGUUUUUGAAAUGACUUUGUACUAUUUUAACCCGAAAAUUAUGAUUGGGUUAUAAAGCUUUUAAAACGGACGAAAACUAAGCUAAUAAACAUGUUCAACGUAAAAAACUAAGAUUUAGUCGCUUUUUCAACUUGGCUACCUUUACGCAAAAACAAAAGCAAGCAAUGAGGCUUUUAUUCGACAUAUUUUCUGAGAAUUUUAUCUGAUCAAUUUAAUGUCUCUAGCAUUAUUUUCGUAUAGGAAUUUUCCUAAUUAUUUGAGCUUUUAAUUUAAUAAUUUUGAUACUUUAUAAACUUCUCAUUUGAUAGCUUCACUUUUUUUAUACACCGAUUAAGAAACAAAUUCGCUCUCGUUAAAUCCUAUUUUAUGACCUAUUUAUUAGAACUCUAGGUAACAUGCAAAAUGAUGUAACAGGACAGGCUUUAACCUUUGGUCCUAAUGUAUUUUUUCUUCACAACCCCCAGUAAUCAGUUGACGGGCCAUGAGAGAAUAUCGCCACAAAGAUGCGAAAAAGUUUUCGAUGAGUUUCCUUUACAUAUUCCUGCUUUAUAUGGGUCUACACCUUCCCUGCUUAAAAAUGAAACUGUUGUUCGAGUGUCAGUCAAACUCGGGAUAAUCUUGACUUGCAAACCCAAAUGCAAAGGUUUAUUUCGCAGUAGAAGAGCGUGUAAACAUCAUCGAACAACGCAAUGUAAAUUGGCUAAUGUGAAACCACGUUUCUUUCACUUUAUUUACCAUGCAUUUAUCUCAAUUGCACACCUUGUGAAAUUAGCCUCAGACAAUUAGUUGCGACCUUUAACAGACUCAACAAGCCAGUAUGAAAAUAUCUUAAGAGAAGCUGAGCUCUACACGUUCUAUUUCAUUUUUUCAUAUUGCCCUUGCAUGUGUUAACAUUCCAUUUCUUUUUUGUUACAGGUAACUUCCAGACAUGACGAGGAGAUAAUUACUUUUCUAGAGAGCAAUUCUUUGAUACUGUCAGUUAUUACUGACUUAUUUUGAGUUAAAAACAAAGAACACAGACUCUGGUAAUGACACAUAAACAAUAAUCCCUGGCAAGCCUACAAAACAAGAAAGAGGAACUCAGACUCCUUAUCAAAAUAUGAAACAAGACAAAAACAGCUUUUCUAACGUAGGGAAAAUUGCGUUAGAGAGAUUUGUAAUUGCAACGUUAUAUUCAAGCACAUUGCAUUGUCGAACAUCAUAAUUUACUGAAUAAUGGACAGUGAUUUUGGAGCUUAGCUCAGUUUGUAAUGUAAUGAACGUUGAAAGAUAUUCUAUAACCUUGUAUUUUUAAAAGCUUUCAUGGAACAUAGAUGCAUUUUAUUAUGCAAAGAAAAUAGUCUCUGUCUCUAUUUUUAAUGAUUUCAGUCAAUUCUAUUUUAUUCGCAAUGUGAAAUGGGAAUCCUAUUAAAGACUCAUUAAAAGGGGUGAGGCCGUUUUUACAAUCCCCCAACAGGUCAUCUCCGCGAUGACGCUGUUUUAUUACUACGGCAGAAUCCCUCAGGGUUUUACUUUCUUGUGAAAAUUAGAGCCUUUGUUAUUUAAACUUCGCUGGGACAACCAAAUCUAUAAAAAUGAGAGGAAUAGCAAUGACGUCAUCGUGUAAAUGACCUAUAAACCGUACAUCAAACGAUAAGUACUGUGAUCUGUUUAGUUUUUUUUUUUUUUGCCAGGCUUAAAAUAUCUGUAGAUUCAAGGAAUUAUAACCUGUGCGUUGAGAGCAUGCCAGAGACCGAUUUUGGCAUGCCCGGCAUGACCCAGAUUAUGGCACGCCCGGCAAGCCAGAGAAUUUGGCAUGCCGGGCAUGCCAGGAAAUUUGGCAUGCCCGGCAUGCCGGAGAUUUUGCUGGGUAUGAAUUACUUAUUACUAGAACCUAGGCUUCUCGCGGCCUGGGUGAGAAGGUCACGGAACCUCAAAUUAUGCUUACAGGGCAUGCGAAAUUCUGUUGCAUGCCAAUUUCAAUGCAAAACCACUCUGGGGCCACCCCCUCUAUUACCAGUGAGCAAAUCAUUGACGAUAGGCAUGGGAAAAAUCCUUGCAUGCUAACCAACAUUGAAAACGUAGCAGAAAUGUCCUCAAUUGCUGAGUCAUGCCCUAGGGGAGGCUUUAAAAUACAGAAUUUCCUGACAUGAAUGAGGGAAUUUUCCGUAAACAGCAUGUGAUCAUGCCGGCUAGGACGUAUUGCCUCCGUAUUGCCCCUUUUUACAGCUAGCUAGGCUCAUUUUUGGGUUCCAUGGCCUGAAAUGACGAAAAAUUCAUGCCCUAAAUGUAAAAAGUCCAAAAACGUCCUCGAAAUUUUAGUUUCCAAGCCGUUUUUUGGGCAAUUUAAAAAACAUGAAAGUAUAUGCAUCAGGGUAAAACACAAUACUGAGCUCUUUUUGCGAAUUUUACGCAUAAGAGAUCCAAAAAUGGAAGGUAUGGUUACAAAUUUACUAGGUGGAACCACCUUAAGUAUGCGACGGUUAUUUCGUGAGAGAGUUGUGCUUAACUGGUAGUAGAACUAUGCUUAAGUGUUUAAAGUUCAGGCUAUUGCCAUUUCUGUAUGGCUUAUUUGAUAUCUAAACGAUAUUAAUGUUAUUAUAUAUUUACCCAGAUUUUUGAAAAUGUUACCGCCAAAUGACCUCUUCCGUCAAGCUGUUAUUUUCGGCCAAAAUAGCCAAUAUAGAAACUAUGAGUGCAACCAUUCAUUCUCGUUCUUUUUUUUCUCCUUUUCUUUCCCGUUAAAGAGGUUAUUGGGUGCAAAAAACCUUCCUCAUGCCCCGUUUUCACUCAAAUGGCUAAAAAUUUCACUAGACUGGUUUUCAAAAAUUGACUAGAUAUUAAUGUAUGUUGUUUGCUCUUAAUUUGAAGAUUUUCCAGAUGGAAGCGCUACAGGACCGCCUAUAGAACCGCAGGAGUACUAA